UAUCCAAGCAACAGGGGAUUUGAGAAGGUGGCAAGUUGGGGAAAGAAGAUAUAAUAGGCUUAAACAGCAGCUGAUGAAGUUCAGAAUGAAAUCUGCUUCUAACCACACGUCUGUAAGACACAUUUAACAGAGGUGUAGAAUGGAUGAGAUGAUCGGGGGUUUGAUGAACAUACAGGAGCUGCUGCUCAUCCUGACAGGAAUAUUACUGCUGACUCUGCUCCACAGAACCUGGAAGAAUCAGUCAGCUGUUCCCGGACCCAGCUGGUUGUUUGGUGUCGGUCCUCUUCUGACCUACAUCAGGUUUUUGUGGAUGGGAAUAGGCACCGCCUGCAACUACUAUAACAACAGAUACGGCAACGUGGUUCGGGUUUGGAUCGAUGGAGAGGAGACCAUCAUACUCAGCAAAUCUUCAGCCGUGUAUCACGUCCUGAAGAGCAGUAACUACAUCGGGCGGUUUGCCAGUAAAAAAGGUCUGCAGUGUAUCGGCAUGUUCGAACAGGGCAUCAUCUUCAACAGCGACAUCCAACUGUGGAAAAAAGUCAGAACGUACUUCACCAAAGCUCUGUCAGGUCCUGGACUCCAGAAGUCGAUAGACAUGUCUGUCAGCGCUACUAAUAAACAGCUCGACCUCCUGCAUGAGUUCACGCACCCGUCAGGACACGUGGACGUGCUGAAUCUUCUGCGCUGUAUCGUGGUGGACGUCUCCAACCGUCUCUUUCUAGGAAUUCCUCUCAAUGAGAAGGAUUUACUUUUAAAGAUCCAUCGGUACUUCAGCACCUGGCAGACCGUCCUGAUACAGCCGGAUCUUUUCUUCAGACUGAACAUUCUGUCCAAACAAUACCACCUGGCAGCAAAGGAACUUCAGGACGAGAUGGAAAACCUGGUGGAAAAGAAACGUCAAGUCCUAAACAAUACGGAGAAGUUGGACGAUAUGGAUUUCGCAACAGAGUUGAUAUUUGCUCAGAACCACGGCGAGCUGUCUGCGAAUGAUGUGAGACAGUGCGUGUUGGAGAUGGUGAUCGCCGCUCCAGACACGCUUUCCAUCAGUCUGUUCUUCAUGCUCGUGCUGUUGAAGCAAAACUCCGGCGUGGAGGAGCAGAUCGUUCUGGAGAUCGAAACUCAAAUAGGUGACAGGGACGUCCAGUCUGCUGAUCUACAGAACCUGUGCGUUCUCGAGCGUUUCAUCAAAGAAUCUCUGAGGUUUCAUCCCGUGGUGGAUUUCAUCAUGAGACGAGCUCUGGAUGAUGACUACAUCGACGGCUACAGGGUGGCACAAGGGACAAACCUCAUCCUGAACAUUGGGCGCAUGCACAAAUCCGAGUUCUUCCAAAAACCCAACGAAUUCAGCCUGGACAACUUUGAAAACAACGUUCCCUCCCGAUACUUCCAGCCGUUUGGAUGCGGCCCACGGGCCUGCGUCGGGAAGCAUAUCGCCAUGGUGAUGACCAAGGCCGUCCUGGUGACCUUGUUGUCGAGGUUCACGGUUUGUCCUCGGCAGGGCUGCACCGUCAGCACCAUCAAACAGACCAACAACCUCUCCAUGCAGCCUGUGGAGGAAGAUCCCGACAGCCUGGCCAUGCGCUUCAUUCCACGAACACAGAAUACGUACAGCGGUGAAAUGAUGGACAACCACAGCACCCAGCAGACAUGCUCUUAGAUACAAAACAAAUACAAACAGGCGCAAAACGUUUAAAGGUGCACCGAGUAAUACGCAAUCAUCGGCGGUUUAGUAAAUGUUAGUCACCACUGUUUUAAAAUCACGUGACCAAUGGUGUGUUGCAAUUAUAAGGUAAUAAACAAACUUUCAUUGACUUAAAAUUAAGAUUCGCUACAUUGCACAUAAUGUAAAAUGGGAGAUCCAGACCUACAGGGGGCAAUAGAGAGAUUAAUGUUUUCAAAAUCAUUAUUUUCCAGCAAAAGGUAAAUGUGUAAUUCCUUAGUGCACCCUUAAAGUGUUCUCUUUCAUCUAUAAACUUAUAAUACAAACUGUAAAUUAGCAGCUUAUUAUGUCAAAAUAAAACUUAACAGAGAAAUGUACUAAUUUACUGAACUUACAUAGACGGUUUUAUCGGACGUACGCGCAUGGGCCGAAGUUAACUUCUGGUCUGUGUUUAUUGAUCGGCCUGGCUAGUAAAAAUGUAUUACUAUUAUGCUUAAUAUAUAUUCAUAUUACUUGUUUAAAAAUAUUUUAUAGUACAUAAAUAUGGAAUAAAAUUCCGGCCUACCUGAAGUUAAGUUUGGGCCACAUAACGUAUGUUUGUGUUGUUAAGAAGAGAUAACAUGAAAUGACAGGUAAUAGAUUUCUGAAAUGCAAUAUGGGUUUUAAAGGGACAGUUUAACCAAAAAUGAAAAUUCUGUCAUUUAUUCACCCUCACGUCAUUCCAAACCUGUAUGGCUUUCUUUCUUUAGCAGGACACAAGAGAUAUUUUGAAGAAUGUCAGAAACAAAACAACACUGAACCCCAUUGACUUCCAUUGUAUAGACACAAAACCAUUUCCAUCGAGACAUUUCUCAAAUGAUCUUCUUUUGUGUUCCGCAGAACGAAGAGUCAUAUACAGGUUUUAAAACAACAUAAGGGUGAAUAAAUGAUGACAGAAUUUUCAUGUUUUUGUGUGUGAACUAUACCUUGAACUUCAGGAACGGUAAAGUGAAAGCUGGUCUCUAUAUGUGCUUGGAGGAAAGGGCCUGAAAAACGAAAGUGCUUGGUGACAUCAGCAGAAAAUAAAAGACGGUUUGGAGGUGGAGCAGGAUAUACUGUACCUUUUUUGUAAGAUUACAAAAGAAAUCCUUUCCUCUUUGGAAUAAAACGCAUCAUUGAAUUCUACACAAACUCAAGAAUGUGAAAGAUAAAUAGGGUCAGUUUUGAUUUCAUGUUGACCUCAUUUUUCACUAAGAUAAGUUGUACUAUGUAUAGUUGUGUACGUAAUAGUAUUAGAAUUAAAUAAAAAACAUCUACAAA